UAGAGAAGCAGCUGAAAGUCCUCCUCCCCUUCUCUGGUCCGCGUCCCAUCAUCUCCCCAUCUCAGCCCUUGGCCCGGUAAGGUGGGAGGAGAGAGGAGGUGGGGCAGGAUGCACGCGGGAGGCGGGUCCCCGAGGAUCUCCACCCGCGGCCAAACUGCCGGAGGCUUUAAGCAGGGGCUCGGCGUCGGCUGCCCGCAGAGCGAGUGCGGGAGCCCGAGCUGUAACCGAGACAGGUGCGCAGCGGGAACGGCGGCGGCAGCGCUAUGACCGGCCACCACGGCUGGGGCUACGGCCAGGAGGACGGUCCCUCUGAAUGGCACAAGUUAUACCCCAUUGCCCAAGGGGACCGCCAGUCUCCCAUCAACAUUGUCUCCAGUCAGGCUGUCUAUGACCCUACUUUAAAGCCCCUGGUCCUGGCCUAUGAAUCCUGCAUGUCGCUAAGCAUUUCCAACAAUGGACAUUCUGUCAUGGUGGAGUUUGAUGAUGAGGAUGACAGGACAGUGGUUCAUGGGGGCCCCCUGGAUGGGCCCUACCGGCUGAAGCAGUUCCAUUUUCACUGGGGGAAAAAACACAGCUUAGGUUCAGAACAUACAGUGGAUGGGAAGUCCUUCUCCAGUGAGCUCCAUUUGGUCCACUGGAAUGGAAAAAAAUACAAGACUUUUGCAGAAGCAGCUGCAGCCCCAGAUGGUCUGGCCGUGGUCGGCAUCUUCCUGGAGACUGGAUUUGAGCACGCCAGCAUGAACCGGCUGACUGAUGCACUAUACAUGGUCAGAUUCAAAGGAACCAAAGCCCAGUUCAACAGCUUCAAUCCCAAAUGCCUCCUACCCAGGAACCUCCACUACUGGACUUACCCAGGGUCUUUGACUACACCACCCCUGAGUGAGAGUGUGACCUGGAUAGUACUCAAGGAGCCCAUCACAAUUUCAGAGAAACAGAUGGAAAAAUUCCGGAGCCUCCUUUUCACUUCAGAGGAUGAUGUGAAGGUCCACAUGGUGAACAAUUUCCGACCUCCUCAGCCAUUGAAGGGAAGAGUAGUUCAGGCCUCUUUCCAGUCCUAAAGGGGCUCAUGCUGUCAGAGGCAACAACAAUGAUGUCCAAAGUGCUUCCAUAUCAGCUAAGACCAAACCAGGUGUGCGGCCCCUUGGUCACAGACUGACUUCUCAGAGCCAUUUGGGGGUUAGGGGACAGAGUAGAAGAAGAAAUGGUCAUUUUGGCUGCAUUAUUAGUUCCCUCUAGUCCAUUUCUAAUUUACUUUGGGAGUCUUUCUUACCAAAGGAAUCACCUGAUUUAAUUGCUAAGAAUCCCCCUAACCCCUUACUCUGCUAUCCGGUGGUCCUUCAAUAGCUUUGAUAUUGGAAUGACUGUUGGAGUUUGACCUGCCUGUCUCUUUCUCGGCGGGCAUUUCCCUCUCUGUCCGAUCUACAAUGCAAACUCCUUUUGUUGGAAAAAAUCAUUUUGCUCUUCCCUUCCACCAGCCCUGACCCCUUCUUGAACCCUCUACUGUGACAGGGCCCUGUGCUCCAAGGCCAUGGGCAGCUGUUGGCAAGACAAAAGCAAUAAUUAUAGCAGGUGGGAGAUUUCUUACCAAUGUUACUUACCUCAAAUGCUGAAACUUAGCACUGGAAAUGGAACUGCAGAAGGCUGUAGGCUAUUUUUUGUGUUUUGUUUUGAUUUGUUUUUGUUUUUUGGAGUUUUUUUGUCAUUCCACUGCCAACCAUUAAAAACACUGAUGUGA